AUGUCAGAGUCCCAACCACGUCCUCGUAAGCGGAACAGACUGACUAAGGUCUGUCGUCGUUGCAGGGCGAAGAAGUCCAAGUGUGAUCUCCAGCACCCAUGUUCUCAGUGUGUGAAAAGAGGGUGCCCUGAGCUCUGUGAGUAUGGGCCUCCUCCUGCUGUGAAGAAGGAAGCACCACCGUCUUCGGUUGCCUCGGCUGCCUCGGUGGCCUCCAACGGGUCCGAUAACUCUACUACUGAUAAGUCGCCUGGCGGCAUCAACACGAAUAUCCAGAAACACCUUAGUGCUAGGAGCCGGGCUCACACUCAGGGGCUGAUCCCCAUCUCGAACAAUUCGCCGCCUACACCGCUCCCGAAUGUGGUGUUGGAAGAGAACGAGUACUUGAUUGGCGUCAACCCCAUUGUGGGCACUGGCGACCUUCUCAACUUCCAUAUGGACUUUUCAGUGCUACUGCAGGGCAUGAACUAUACGCUAAAACGGUUUACGGGGUUGAAGAGAACUGCCAGACCUUUGAUGUUUAUUGUGUUAUCCCAGCAGGAGCCUGGUGCUCGUUUGUUCUGGAAGUAUGAAGAAAGCAACUCCAUGAAGCUCAUCACCGUCAGCGCGUUCCCCAAAGAUGUCCAAGAGAAAACCAUCGAAGAAGUUAAGCGGGUGUUUACUGACCGUUACAUUCCCAACUACCAGGAAAUCGCUGCCGCUGGCGGCUCUCUAACGAAACGUACCAGAAACUUGAUCUCCCAGUAUGGCUUCCCUUUGGCCAUCACAUUCACUAAAGAUUUCCACGAGUCUGAUCCGAUUCCCGUAUCUCUACGCAAGAUUCUACCGCCAAAACUACUGGUGGUUGCUCUUAUGAGACGCUUCUUCCGCAAGCUUUAUGCUCACUAUCCUAUCAUUGACGAGAGCUGGACUUACGCUCAGAUCGAUAGGAUCAUCCAAUACUCACCAGACGGUCAAGUGGUUGAUAAUGUGAACCUACAGAAUAGGGAAGAUCUCGCUGUGUUGGCGUAUGUGCUUAUUAUUUUGAGACUCUCGUAUAUGAGUCAGUUCUCGAAUGUUAAGGAACAUAACGAAGCCAAACUUCGCAUGAUGGGUACUUUCGCUGACGAGGAACACUUCUCCAUGCAAUUUCCUAUUACCAUUGAUGCAAUUGAGUUGGCAUCCAGCUUUUUGCAGAAGGCUCGCUCGCCUCUCAAGACAUCUUUUGUCGUGCUUCAAGCUUCUAUCUUUAUGUGCGCAUAUCGCUCCGUUGCAUUGGAAAGUGAAUCUGGCUGUAACACCAUGGCAACGAUUGAAAAUUGCGGAAGCUUGACCCAGAUGGCCAUUUCUCUCGCUCUCGAUAGAGAUCCAGAUUCCCUUUGGGACCCAAUGGAUGAGAGAACAAAACUCCUUCGACGCAAGGUUUGGUUUUUCUUGGUCACCUUGGACUUCAACACUGCUUACCAAUUCUUCUGCCCUCUUACUAUCAGACCUCAUCUGUAUGAUACCAAGCUUCCAGAAUAUAAGAGUGGUACUUCCAAUAUUGCUGACGAACAGCUUGAAAAGCAAACCAUUGAAUCGCUUGCACAGAUUUAUCACGCUCAACUGACGGGUCUCUCACUUCUUGAAAUUUGCGUGGACUUACAGAAUGUGCACAAGAGCUCAGAUUUGGUACAAUGCUUGAAUGAUUUUGAAUACAAGCUUGGCCAAGCAUUUGGCGUGGUACCAGACUACUUCACAGAGAAAACUACAAACAUCCAUCCUUCGAUUAAGAUCCUCAACCUUCGUGUGCUUGUCACCUUGAGACUCUUCAUCGCAACUAUUUAUUAUUUCUUGCACAUGUUCUACAAGUACAAAGGAGAUCACAGUUAUGACUUUUUCUUCUUCCGAAAGAUGCUUCUCAUUGUUUUCAGUGAAAUGAACUAUUUUUGUUCUGAGCUAUUUUUCAUUUGCGACAGGUUUUUUGAUGAUACUUUCACAAUGAUUAUGUCUCCUACUAUCCUUUUUUACACCCAUAUUGUCGCUGUCUCGUGUUUGGGUUUUGCAAUCAGACUCAAUUGCAGUUUGAUUGUCUUGGAGAGCUCCGGUGAAACUGAUACCUCUAUGGUGGGCUCACUUAAAAGUCUUGAAACCAAGAAUGAGUUGUUCGUCUUAAGGAAACUUAAACUUAAUAAGUUGCUCGGUGAAAGGUACUUUUACGCUUGGAAGACGACCAAGUCCAACAGUUUUGGCUACAACAUGGUCUACCAGAACAAGUUGUACAAUGCUGACAUUGACUUGCUCAAGAAAGCUAACGUGACAUGGACGGAGCGUCAGCAGUAUGAGUUAGAGAACAUUAUUCCAACUGAUAUUCCGCCUGCGUUCUCAAACGCUGGUGAUAUUGGACAUCUCUGCUACUACAGCAACCGCUCGAUCGACGAUGCAGACCUUCGUGGUAUGGACCUCGCAAAGACAGUUCAAACUGACAAUUUGUGGAUUAAUUUCAAUUACCUCAUUGAUGUUGAUCCUUACUCAACUGCUUUCCCAAAGAGACUACCGAUGGAAUCAUUCCCUUUCAAGAACGCGCCUAGAGAGGCCACGAGACCGGUGACUCCAAGGUCAGAUACUUCGGCAACAUCUUUCGCCGACACUGCGGGACAAACCCCUAACGAUCAGAAAUUACCGUUAGUGCAGCCUUCACCCUUGGAAUCACUGCAAGCCCCGCCUAACCAACAACAACAGCAGCAGCAACAAGCGCCACUCUACGGCGUUACCCCAAACGAAUUGCUUGAUUUCAAUCUUUUCAGUACCGACUGGACGAUUGAAGACUUUUGUCCCUUGCAAAACUACGAAUGA